AUGUGGUGCCUGGAGCGGCUCCGCCUGGGACCCGAGCGCCUCCUGCGGGGCAGAAACCGGCUUUACCAGGAUGCAGCCCGCCGAACCACGGCCCUCACGCCCGCCCGGUGCGCAAACGUGCUCACCCCGGACCGCAUCCCCGAGUUCUGCAUCCCCCCGCGACUCGUGCCCUGCCCGACUCUGACCGCAAUCCGAGACUCCUGGGGAGAACAAGCAGGGACUGACGACGGCGCGGGCCGCACGGACUGGGACCCACGCUCGCAGGCCGCACUCUCGCUGCCGCACCUGCCCCGGGCGCGCACCGCCUACGGCUUCUGCGCGCUGCUCGAGAGCCCGCACACCCGCCGCAGGGAGUCGCUCUUCCUCGGGGGCCCGGGCGCCGCCGCGCUCCCGCCCGCGCCCCGUCCCCGGGCCCACACCUACGGGGGCGGCGGCGGAGACCACCCCCUCACGCCCCGGGCGAGAGCGCCCAUUGCGCCUCGCGAGGCCCGCAGUGGCUCCCUCCUGGACACGCUCGGCCCCGGGCCCCGCUGCCGCCGCUUCCUGCACGCUUCCGAGGAGCUGCUGCGCCGCGUGCUGCGAGCCCAGAAGAACCGAGACCUGGCCCGCUCCUGCUCUGUUUCCAGCACGGACAGAGACGACGAGGACGAGAACGAGGGCCCCCCCGGCUCCGGCUCCCCGGAGCGGGCCCCCGGCGCGUCUCCCUCGCCAACUCCCAACUCGCGUCCCGAGCGCCUGGAGGCCGAGGGCACCGUAACUCUGGGCCGCGCCGGGGGCGCCCUGCGCCUGGCCGCUGAGUACAGUAGGGCCAGCGGGCGCCUCCGCGUCCGGUUGCUCCGUGCCGAGGGCCCGACUGGAGGAGCAGCCGAGCCCCGCGCCCCCGUAGGCUGCAGAGUCAGCUUCGUCCUGAAGCCGCGGGGCGCCGUGGUCCGGCGGAGUCGCAGGGCCGUCUUGGAGCAGGACUUGUGCUUGGACGGGCUCUCGGAGGACGAGGUGCGCCGCCUGGCCGUGCGCGUCAAGGCCGAGAACCGGGGCCGCGGACUGGAGCGGGGCCGCCUGCUGGGCCAGGGCGAACUGCUGCUGGGUCCCCUCCUGCUCCUCUGA